GUUUUACAUGUGUUUUGACAACAUUUAUAUAAACAAUUUUUAAAUUCAAAAAUGUUGAUAUUAUUCCACUACAUUACAAUUUUAUUAUAUCAGCUAAUGAGACAUAGAAAAAGGAUAAAAUGCUUACAUGCUAAGAAACAAAAUUACAACCAUAUGAUGUGUAAUAAUAUGUAUAUGUUUAAUACUCGACCCGAAGUACAUAAAUAUCGUAAAUUAUUUGAAAUAGUGGAGGACGAACGAUGGAAUCAUAGAAUAGAGAAAUUAGUUGAUCUCGGUAGCGGUAAUCUAAGUAUUAUAUACACUCUUUUAGAAGUAGAAAACUUAAACCAAAUCCUGUUAGUAGACAUAAAUGAAGAAUUAUUAAGAGAAAGCAUAUCCAGUUUAGAUCCUCAUGUAUAUUUACCUCGUUUAAGUAAGAGGUAUAAACACUUAGAUAUAAGUAUAUUGGCUGGAAAUGUUGCGGAUUCUGAUUAUAGGCUAUUGAGGAGUGAUGCAGUUACAGCAGUUAAUUUGUUGGAAAGUUUAUAUCCUGAUGCUUUGGAUGCUUUACCAUACAACAUAUUCACUUUUAUAGAACCAAAGAUCGUGAUAUUUGUUACUUCAAUAUCAACAAGUUUGAGUGAUAUUUCCGGUAAAGACCUUAGGUUUAUGUGGUCUAGACAACAAUUUGAAGACUGGUCAAACAAUAUGAAGAUUCGUUUCCCUGAUUACAGCUGUCAUUUUGAAGUGAUCCAUACACCAAAAAAGACGGAUUUCAGUUGGUUACAACUUAGUGAGAUCUCCGAAGUAGCUUUAUUUUUGAGGCGCGACCUUCUGGAUCCUAAGUAUACACUCAAGUCAUGUUCAACACAGUGUCUCUGUCGGAUUGAUUCACCCUGUCGAAUUAUCUCAUCAUCAUCUAAGAUGUUGUGUCACUGUGUAUGCCCACUUUGCUGUCCUUCUCUCUCCUUCGGCGUCUGCAACUACCACAGUGCCACCAAGUCAGCGUUGUUCCUCAACGAAGAUAGUGACUACUCUCCUGAGAACCCAGACUUCAACAUCUUCUAUAAGCUGGUGGCACAUAGUGUUCUGCCAUUUGAAGACGAGUCUAACAGCGAAAAAACACAUGUCGAUCUUACAUCUGCUGGAGAAGACAGGCAUACUGCAGUAUCGUGUGGCGAGGAAGAUAUCGAAGCAAGCUAUUUGAAGGAGACUAGAGGACUCACUGAACAAGAAUUGCUGAAAAUCCUUCUAGAGCAGGACCUCAAGUUUGAAGAAUGCCGAUUAGAGAAGAACUGGGAGCCACAUCAUCAGUAUAGUGAGUGCGCUACAUCGUCUCGCGCGUAUGACAUGGAUGAAAUCACCAGCAAUACAGAUGCGCCUGAUUACGAUAGUGAUAGCGUGAAAAAAUCGCCAAAACAUUCACCUUUAGAUUGGGAGGAGAACGAGAAAAAGAAAUUGUCAAAUGAAAGCAACAGUAGCACAAAAGAUAUUUCAGCGCCAGAAACAAGUGGCAAAGUCGAAGCAACAGAUCAGAAACAGGACGCUUUGGUCGACUCUGGUUAUCAGAAGUCUCCAUCACCUAUAGAAAGUUCACCAGUAGAUGACUUAGAAGAAACUGAUCUUUUUGAGGAAUCAACUAGCACGCCAAGUGUUGAAAGUGACGAUAACAAGGUGCAUUUGAGGAAAGCCUCUGGAGCAAUGGAGAAACCUCAUGUUACGCCUCUUCAGCCGGACCUCGCUAAGUUCAAACUUGACGUCAAUAGAAUCAACGAACUGGACAAGUUUCACAACAUUCCACCAGGGAGAACAUUUUUUAAUCACUUGCUGAAAUCUCAAGAUGCGUCUAAGCGAAGUUUUCUUAAAGAUAAAGACUUACCUGGCCCUUCAAGCGUGCCCCUAGCACCGCGCAAGCGCAAAAAGUACAAGAAACCCCCAGGGGCUGAUACCGAAGAGGACAGCCCCUUCGACGAUUGCAAAUCGAUCACGAAUUGCCUCAUCAAAAACACUCUAAACAAAUUGGAGGUUAACGAUGCGGACGAAGUGAGAAACAGCGGCCGGGAUGACGUCAUCGAGUUCAACGUGGAACCGGAAAUGGUCGUCGUGGUGGGGGAAGAUGUGGAGCCACAAGAACCGGAAGUCGUAAUAGUGGAAGUGGCUGAACAGGUAGUGGCCGUUUUGGAGCAACAUCUGGAUGCUGUGCAACAGGGUGAAGCACAACCGGUCAUGGAGAACGGGGAUCUGGCGAAUAAUAAUAGAGAUAUUGAAGGUAAUAAUUACAUAGCUCCAGAAAAUCAGGAAAUCGUCGAAAACGAUAUCGAAAACUUCAAUCUAGUCAUAGUGGAACCUGUCCAAGAAAUACACUUGGUUCAAGAAGUCUUUAAUGUGCAUGAUAUCGCUGACAACAACAAUCACAAUGCUGAAGACUUACAAGUAAUAGAAGACCCGGCCGUCUUAGUUGAAGGGGUGGGCGAGAACGAGAACGACCAAAACAACGCUGCCCAUCAAGACGAACAAGAGCAACCGGAACCAGCUGGAGUCGCCAGAGCCAGCAGGGAGGCGCUGUUUGACCCCAACAGCGAGCCUGACCUUCUGGAGGACGUAGAUCUGCCUAUCCUGCAGGAGGAACCCUCCGCGAUGGAGGAUAUUGAAUUGGUCGAUGUGAUCGAGUAUGGGAACAAUAUUGUGCUGAUCGGGGUUAGGCCAAAUCCAGAGGAUCCAGAUGCACCUGUUGACGUGGAUGCUUUCCCCAGAUGGUUGCUUCAAAUUUUGGGAGCGCAAGCAGGCCAAAACGAAGAAGAUGGAACACUGGAUGCUUCGGAUGGGCCUCAUUUCUACUGCCAAGGAGACGGGUUAGGCAUCCAUCCAUCGGUUAUAGCUGUCGACGCUGAGGAAGAUGAAGAAUCAACGCAAUCUUCUAAUUCUGGUGAAUAUGCUGAUGUAGAGCAAGAACCGUCAUCACAAGACGCCGCCUCCCUGCCAGAGGAGUCUCAAUCUUUGGUGGAACCCACGACCAGUAUGCAAGAGGACAUUGUAACGGUUGCUUCAGUAGAACCGACCACAUCCCAGCAAACAGAAUAUUUUGAUUCUGACACUGCAGAACACCCGGGCGAUACUUGAGAUGUCUCAUCUUUCUGGCCUGUGUAGGCCCGGAACGAAUAAAUGUCAUGUCAAGCUGAAUAUCCUGUAUAUUACCCGUUUGUCUCUUGAUAAGACUGAGUUUGAUCUAGUACAAAACGAAAUAAAGCAUUCAUUCUUA